ACAAUAUCAGCAGCAGCGACGGGACGGCCGAAAAUAACCAGUCAGCUUUUUGGCUGGCACUAGAUAGACACGUGUAUGUGUGCGGGAAGUGUCGUACGUUUGGCUGGAAACGUGCCUGGUGAGUGAAAUACGUGAACACAGGGUAACGUACAGCGGCUUUCGUGGGCAGCGACUGCAGAAAAGCCUUGAAAAAGACUUUGCGCAUAUUUGAAAAAAAACGAUUUUGUCGUGCAAAUACGAUGGCAGUUCGACGUGGGAGGCUGUCGAGAGCGUUGAUUGCCUCAGCUGUGAUUGUGCACUGCUUGCUGAUAACGGAUUCAUCGCCAAUCAGUCGAGACGCUACGACGAGGGCAUUGCCUAAGAAGACCGUGCCAAAGAACAAUUUCAAAACAGAUCGCAACAGUGUUGAAUUACAGUGUGAACCGGAAGACUUUGUGGUAAAAGUGAACUUCACGCAACCAUUCAGAGGGAUUGUGCAUGCGGGUCCUAAAAGUAAUAAAUGCCUCCUUAGAGGUGACGGUGGUCAGUACUAUACAUUACGAAUACCACUCGAUGGAUGCGGUACCAUUCAUAACGAAGGCCGUUUCAGCAAUACGUUAACGAUCCGGUUCCACCCGUCACUCGAACUAGAAGGUGAUGAAUUAAAGACACUCGUCUGCAGGUUUAAGACCGAAGCAGUGCUUGUUAAAUAGACUUCAAAUUAUCCGAAGCCUUAGUAAACGUCAACCCGAAGGGAUUGUCAAUAUUUAUAUGACACGACAAUAAUAAAAGCUUCGAACGAAGUACUUUAUACAAUAAUUGAGCCGAAUUUUGGUUCUAGGUGUGUAUUGUAUCUCAACCACUAUUUAAGCGCUCGUGAAGAUAAUAAAGUAUUUAUGAUUAGAAUAUCCUUGUAAUGUCACCGUCUA